AUCAUAUUAUUAUUACUAUAUUAAUAUAUGACUCUGGUAAACUGCAACUUUGAUGAGCUGAUGCUCUCCUCUUACAAGACAUAAAUCUGGAAACAUAUGGCCUACUGUAUUUAAAAAUCUCUCCUCCUCCUCUUUUCUCGUGCUAUUAAGCAGAUCCAACAAAAACCACCAAGCGUCCAAGCCGACACUUACCCAUUUCCUCUCUUCCACUUCUCUCACCAACAAACAAAAUCACUCUGUCAAUCAUUUUCUCUUCACUCUUACUCUUCACUUUCCCUUCUUUUUACUUCUUUCCCUUUUCCUUCUCUCUCACCAAACACACUCUCUACACCACAAACCUUACUUACCUAUCUAUCUCUCAUUGUUGUUCUUGUUGUUGAGUUCUCUUCAUACAGUGUUUUACAGAUCAAAUCAAACAUCAUUUACAUUUUCAUGUCUUAACACUUAACCUUCCUCUCUUAAAUCUUUCUUAUUCUUAUCACCUUCUUCAUUCACUUCACCACAUUUCAAGUUUCUUACUUCAACAUGCACAACUUCACUCUCAUAUUUCAUUCAUAGAGUUAGAUCCUUGUUAUCAUUAUGGAUCAAAAAGGGUGGCCUUGGAGGAAAAAGUCAUCAGAAAAGACAACUUUAACUACUGAAAAUACCAAUCUCACUUCAAAAGAAAAUGGAGAGGUACAGGCACUUCUAGCUGAUAAAGAAAACUUGGAGAAAGAAUUCAAAGAAUUAAAUAAUAAGCUUACUUUGGCACUCUCUGAUUGUAAUGCUAAAGAUGAGCUUGUGAAGAAACAAACAAAAAUUGCACAAGAUGCAGUGGCAGGUUGGGAAAAAGCAAAAGUCGAAGCGUUGUCUAUGAAGCAAGGUCUUGAGGAAGCUUUGCAGCAUCGAUUAGUUUAUGAAGAAAGAGUAGCCCAUUUGGAUGGAGCUCUCAAGGAAUGUAUGCAGCAGUUACGAUUUGUUCGAGAAGAACAAGGGCAAAGGAUUCAUGAUGCUGUGAUGAAGGCUUCAAAAGAAUUUGAAAAAGAGUGCAUGGUUUGGGAGGAGCAGUUAUCCGAGACAAGUAAAAGGCUGGCAAAAGCUGAGACUGAAAAUUCUCAUCUUAAUAAAACCAUUUUCGCAAGAGAAAAAUUGAUCGAGGACCUGAAAAGACAAUUGACUCAAGCCGAGGCAGAUCAUAGUGCACUGAGGAAUAGAUUAGAGUCCACUGAGAAAGAUAAUACCUCUCUGAAGUAUGAGGUUCGGGUGCUUGAAAAGGAGUUGGAGAUCCGAAAUGAAGAGAGAGAAUUUAGUUGUCGGACCGCUGAUGUUUCUCACAAACAUCACUUAGAGAAUGUUAAAAAAAUUGCCAAGUUAGAAUCAGAAUGUCAGAGGUUACGCCUUCUGGUUCGAAAACGGUUACCAGGUCCUGCUUCCUUGGCGAAAAUGAAAAAUGAAGUUGAAUUUUUAGGACGAGAUUCCGUUGAAAUAAGAAGGAACAAGUUGAAUUCAACUAGUUUAAUGUUCGAAUCUUCACUUGACGGUUCUCCCGGGACUCCGAAUAGAAGAAUCAAUACUUUGACAGAGCAGCUGUAUGCCGUGGAAGAAGAAAACAAAGCUUUAAAAGAUUCCCUAAAUAGGAAAAUGAGUGAGCUCCAAUUCUCAAGAGUAAUGCUUUCUCGCACAGCAUCCAAACUUUUGCAACUCGAGUCUCAGAGUGAAGAAUCUUCUAAAGGUCAAGUAGCUUUGGAGCAGCAUAGAAGUAACCUUACACCACAUGAAUUCUCGUUUGCAUCGAUGUCUGAUAUUGGCAGUGAUGACAAGGUUAGCUGUGCCGACUCCUCGGCUUCGGCGUUGAUUUCAGAACUGGAUCACUUUAGAAGUGGAAAACAAAAGGAAUCAUGGUCCUGCAGAAGCAUUGGAGCUUCAGACAUAAAUCUCAUGGAUGACUUUGUCGAAAUGGAAAAAUUGGCAGUGGUUUCUGUUGAAAAAUCCUCGGAAAUCUCUGGUGCUUCUUUGAAAGAAGUUAAUGAGAUCAAUGGCUUCUCAGAGACCGGGAAAAGUGAGACUACCCCCGAAGUAGUAGGUAAGGCGACCAUUCCAGUUUCUGAUCACAUUUCAGACUUCAUGGCAUCGAUUCAGAAAACAUGUUCCCUUGAUGAACUUAAGGAUAACAUUCCUAGUUGGCUUCAAGAUGUAGUAAAAAUGGUCCUGGAACAAAACCAUGUCACUCAUAAAAAUCCUGAUGCAAUACUCGAGAAUAUUAGAGAAGCUAUGAGGUAUCUGAAUAAUCAAGAUCCGUGUGUCUUUGGUUCGAACAAAGUCUCUGGUCAUGUUGACGAAUCUGAUACUUCAAAUAACUCUUCGACAGUAGUUCCAUCCACUGACGUAAAUAUUACUGACCUGUCACCAGUAAAGAAAACCAAACAACAAGCUCAGGAAGAUCCGAGUAAAUCAAUAGGAAAGAUAAUUGAGCUUAUUGAAAGAAUCAGCUUGCUUGCUGUGGAUUGUGAUAACUCAGAUUCCUUAAGCACUAGUGAUUCAGGAAUGCCAACAGGCUAUAUGGUUCGUGUUUUCCAGUGGAAAACAUCUGAACUCGGCAACGUUUUACAGCAAUUUCUACACGUGUGUUAUGAUUUACUGAAUGGCAAGGUUGAUCAUGAAAAAUUUGCCGAAGAACUAACAGUAGCUUUGGAUUGGAUAAUGAAUCACUGCUUUUCACUUCAGGAUGUUUCUUGUAUGAGGGAUGCUAUCAAGAAACAAUUUGACUGGGAUGAGACACGAAGCGAAAGUGAAGCAGAGUUUGGGAUGUUGAGUCAUUUUGUAGAGGAAGAUAAGUUGCAUCAUUCCGCAGAACAGUUGUCAUGUUUGCCUCAAGCAACUACUUCAGAUGGUCACGAUCUUCAGACUCGAGAAAUGUAUUGUGACGAGGAAGAAGAAAUUAAAAAUAUUAAAGGAAGAUUGAUCAGCGCUGAAUCUCAAAAGGAAACAUUGGAAGGGACACUUCAAUCAGCUACUGAUAAGAUUGAUUCCUUAACGAAUCAACUUCAAGAAUCGGAGAAUACUAUUAACAGCUUGAGAUUAGAGUUACAAUCCUCAAACAAAUGCAAUGGAAUACUUGAGGAUCAAAUACAAAAUCACAAAGCGAUGAAAUCAGAUCUUGAUGCACAGCGUAAAGGGACCGAAUUAAAAGAAGUUGGUCUCAAGGUUUUGGAAUUAGAAGUGGAACUCGAGAACAAAAACCACUGUUGUGAAGAAUUAGAGACCAGAUGUCUUGAAUUGCAGCUUCAGGUUGAAAGCAUGUCAAAGGAGUGCUCAGACCCUGAUAUCAACCAGAAAGACAAGCCAUUACGAACUGAUUUGGAGAUAACAGCUGCUUCAGAAAAGUUGGCAGAGUGUCAAGAAACCAUCCUUAACCUUGGGAAGCAACUGAAGUCAUUGGCUGCGCCAAAGGAUGCAUCCCUUUUCGACAAUGUCAUUGCUGCGCAGCUAACCAAUACCAACACGUCAUCUGCCACCACCACCACGGUAUCAAAAAUGAAUCCUAACCCUGCUCCUCCGAAAGUUAUGAAAGUGAAGAAUCGAUCUCUUCUCGACCAGAUGCUGUCUGACGAUGAUACUAAAGCCAAGGUUUCCAAAGUAAGUGACGGCGACUCCAAUCUCACCACCAUUCCAGGCUUUAUAGAGCCACUGGAGAAAAUUUUAGCUUUGAAUGGAUUUAAAGAUCAGGAUGAUAGUGCUACUGCUAAUGAUUUGGCCAUUGUACCUACUAAGAAAUCGGGAAGUGGAAGUUUGUGGAAGAAGUUAUUAUGGAAAAAGAAGAAAAGUGGCAACAUGAAAACAACUCUUCCAUUGAAUACCUGAAAGGCUCAUUCAUAUAAUAAUUUUCGGUGUUGUUCAAUACAGUACUUACUGAAAGAAGGAAAUUAUAUUUCUUUUUAUUGAAGGAACUUGGUUGGUGCUUUUGUGUGUUUUGAUCUUGUAUAUAUGCCUUAAAACUAACAGCCGAAAGUUCAUGUUAAGCCAUUGUUAAGAUACUAGUUUGGUCACCAUAACUCUAUCUCAGCUUCGGUUCGGUUCUUUUAUAAAA